ACUAUAUAGCUAAAAGUCACAACUUUUUAACUACAAACAAACGCUUGAACUUGACAGAUCAUCAGAUAGACGUAGGAUGACUGCAAAAGUUUGCAUCCUUGUUAUUGGUAUUUUGGCAAACGUGGUAUUGGUAACAUCAUGCGGUGGAGUAGAUUUGUUAAGAUGUACACUCCUUUGUUGUUAUAAAAAGAAAUGUCAAAUUGACGAUAUAGGUGAUCUCUUGGAUUGCUGUUGUCCUCAGGGCGAUGGUGGAAAACGGUCUUUGGACGAAUAUGACAUGACCGAAUCGUCUCAAACGCCAAGAUCUCCCGGCCUACUGAGACAAUCGAGGGGCCGGGAUAAGCUCAACGAUCAAGUCAAACUUGAUACUUUAGAAAAGUUCAUGAAUAGGCGUCUUAACCCAAAGAAGGAUUCUUACAUCUAUAUAGGAUUCCAUUAUGUUCCAAAGCGAGGAGAGCCAAUAGAUUCCUCUUUGAUGCUGAGCUAAGAUGAACUGAAUAGCCUUUCUUCUGUUGACUCCGGAAAGAUGCUACAGUAUCAUCAAAAUCAAGCAAUACUUACCUCCUACUGACUCUGGCUUGAAAAACUAAAAAAAACUAUGAGAUAGCAAAAUUCCGAAUCAGAUUUACUUAUAGCAUUGUAAUGUAAUAUAAGAAAGUAAUGAGCAAGCAAUACGUUCUAUUCUGUACAGUACAAAGAAAAUAAGCUCAUAAUUCAAAGUUCGAG